UUUUGUUGAAGAGUUUGAGGCCCUGUGUGUUGUUAACAAGCGAUUGGCUUCAAAAGUAUUUUUCAGAUAUCAAAAGUUGAUAACAAAAUUUAUUUAAAGAAUUUUUAUAAGUUAUAGUAAAAAACCAAUUUUAUAAUAUAUAAAGAAAUUGAAAAUCAAAAAUUUUGAUUUGGAAAACAUGUCGAGCGGACAGCAUAUCAAUUUGAAACUCAUGAGAGGAGACUCCACUUCCUGGGGAUUCCGACUUCAGGGAGGAAAGGAUUAUGCGUUACCACUGUCUGUGGUCAAGGUAAAUCCAAAUAGUUUGGCGGCUCAGGCAGGUCUACAAAUUGGAGAUAUCAUUAUUAAGAUUAGUGGUACAAAUGCUGAAGAUAUAAGACAUAAAGAGGCUCAGGAAGCCAUAUAUAAUGCGGGGAACUAUCUCGAGCUUACUAUCCAACGAGGAGAUAUAAACAUAUGGAAACCGCAAGUGACACCCGUCGGUAAUAUGAAUCCCGGACAGACCACAUAUACAAAGACAUCAUUACAAAAGCCACAACAGACUUCACAGCAUAUCGGAAGUGAACACAAUGUAAAUGCAAAACCAUUUACCGGAGCGACGAUCCCGUCAUUAGUACACAAGCAGUACAACUCACCCGUCAAUCUAUACUCAGAGAAAAACAUCGCCGAAACUCUUGAAGCUCAUACUGAAGUACUGACUUCAGGUGCCAAAGGUAUAAACUUCAUGAGACCCGACGCCCCCAUCAACAAGGAGUCUGCUGUAUAUCAGAUGGUUCACGACGAAGAAAUAAGAAAAGCUAAGGGAGAGCCGUCAGUUUCACCGGAUAUAAGAAAUACAAAUCAGUCACAUACUAUGACCCGACACGUUGAAGCACCGGUAGACAGGCCGGCAUCGGAAAGACAAGAAAAGGCCAAUCAAAAUAUAUGUGCUGAAUGUGAACGCCUUAUUGUGGGUGUAUUUGUUAGGAUCAAAGACAAGUCACUUCAUGCCGAAUGCUUCAGAUGUGCCACUUGUGGGACAUCAUUGAAAAAUGUUGGAUACUAUUCAAUCAAUGAUAAACUUUAUUGCGAUAUUCACGCAAAACAAAUGGCAUCACUUAUGAAACCAAACGGUGGUAUUUCUCCCGUUCCUGUAAACAAUCAAAUUAAUACUUUAAGCGCCAAUUUAGCAAAAGCAACGAUUAGCCAACAAUAUAGUCAACCGCAGAGUCAACCGCAGAGUCAACCAUACAGUCAACCGCAAAGUCAACCAUACAGUCAACCGCAGAGUCAACCAUACAGUCAACCACAGAGUCAAACCCAGAGUCAGCCCUCAAAUAUUGGUGCCGUGCCUUAUCAAAGUACUGAAGGAAUGCAUCAAUUGAACUCUUCCUCGAGUUCUCAAUACAGCAAAGUUAUUCCCUCUGCGACUCCAAAGCCAGUGUAUAAUUCAGUACCAUUUUAUGGCAAUUCAUACGGCCAUCAAAACAAUACUGCGAGUGAUUCUUACCGUCCCUUUACAGGUCGUCCCAAAUUCCAAUGGCCUCCACCUACACAAUCAUUUGAUCCAUCAGGUGAUAGUAAUCCCUCCCAUUCCUAUAGAUAUAACACAACUGAUAAUUUAGGCCCACCUUUGAGGGAAAAUCCAGUUCGUAGAGAAAGACCAAAAUCAAUGGGGGAUUAUUCCUCUUCAUCCCAAUACUCUGCACAACCACUCUAUACCUCCUUAUCGGACGACCGUCAAAGAGCUUCAAAUUUUACGUCUUUUCCCCCAAACGGCACCCCCUCUAUAGCUACUUACGCCACUAGCUUUACACAGCACUCAACUACACAGCAAACCAAAGCACCGCCGACUGCUGCACCUAAACCACAAUUUAAUGCUCAAAAUUGGACAUCAGGGUCGACAUACGCGUCGUCUAUAAUUCCUGGUCCGGGACAGUCAACUAUACCCGGGUCACGACCAGCACCCAGACGUGGAAGAGGUCUAUUAAAAUCAGCCAUUACUGGAACCAGUAUUCCCAUAUGUGGCACAUGUGGAUCACCCAUUCGCGGUCCCUUUAUAGUUGCCCUCAACAAGGCUUGGUGUCCGCACCACUUCACCUGUGCUAAUGCUCGAUGCAAUCGAUCCCUUGAAGACAUUGGUUUUGUUGAAGAACAGGGAAAGCUUUACUGCGAGAACUGCUAUGAGGCAUAUCUGGCACCCAUUUGCUCCAAAUGUGGACAAAGAAUUAAAGAGGACUGUCUGAAUGCAUUGGAAAAGCAGUGGCACCCGGAGUGCUUCAGUUGCGCCUAUUGUAAGCGUCCGUUUGGCAACAGUUGCUUCUACUUAGAGGAAGGUUUGCCCUAUUGUGAGAAAGACUGGAAUGAACUCUUCACCACUAAGUGUGUCAGCUGUGGGUUUGCCAUCGAAGCCGGCGACCGAUGGGUUGAGGCACUGAACCAGAACUAUCACUCCAAUUGUUUUAUGUGUACCAUUUGCCACAAGAACUUAGAGGGACAGAGCUUUUACGCCAAAGGAGGUCGUCCUUACUGUAAAUCUCACGCCCGAUAAAACUAAAUCAAUAAUUAGCAAAAACGUCGAUAUAUUAUCAAU